CAAAGGAAAUUACUUGCCUCAAAAUUACAAGAUACCAAAAAAAAUGACUAUUUUUAUUUGCACCUUUAUCAGCCCAAUCAAUCAUCACACCAUUUCUCUAACACACCAUCAUCACUCCAUUUCUUCUUCUUCUUCUUCUUCUUCUACAGCUCUCUUCCCUCUUGUCUGCUCCUCCUCCUCUUCUUUUCCAGUUGCAGAUAUGGAUGGUGCUCCAGGUCCAAGUCUGUUUCCGUUGCACCGGUGCAAAACUAUUCACCUGGUGAGGCAUGCACAAGGGAUGCACAAUGUAGAGGGAGAUAAGAACUACAAAGCUUACUUGUCUCCCAAAUAUUAUGAUGCACAACUUACUCAACUGGGCUGGCAGCAGGUUGAUAAUUUGCGAAAGCAUGUCCAAACGUGUGGACUGUCUAAGAGGAUUGACUUGGUUGUUACGUCUCCUUUGCUGAGGACAUUGCAAACAGCUGUUGGAGUGUUUGGUGGUGAGGGCUACACGAACAAGGUGGAUACAUUGCCACUAAUGGUGGCAAAUGCUGGAGACAGUGCUCGAGCAGCUAUCUCAAGUUUCAAUUCGCCACCUUUCAUUGCUGUGGAACUUUGUCGAGAACAUUUUGGUGUGCAUCCUUGUGACAAGAGGCGAAACAUCAGCGAAUAUCAAUUUCUUUUCCCUGCAAUUGAUUUUUCGUUGAUAGAAACUGAUGAGGACGUAUUGUGGAAAGCUGAUGUGAGGGAGACCACCAAAGAACUUACUGACCGGGGAUUGAAGUUCAUGAACUGGUUGUGGACAAGAAAAGAGAAAGAGAUAGCAAUAGUUACCCAUAGCGGAUUCUUGUUUCACACUUUAAGUGCAUUUGGUAAUGACUGUCACCCAUUGGUGAAGAAAGAGAUAUGCAAUCGCUUUACGAAUUGUGAACUUAGAUCCAUGGUCAUUGUUGACAGAAGUAUGAUCGGGACAGAUCCCUCAACAACUAACUAUCCUGGAAAGAUUCCCCGUGGCCUGGAUCUCCCAAGCGAUGCUCUGGAGGAGGAUGGACCGACAACAAACUCAGUUGUCUAAGCAGCAAAACAGAUUGAAGUUCAGCAUUCAUAAUUCAAUAUUAGCAUUCUUAAAAAAUUAUGGUUUUUGUUCUCUGCAAUAUCUGUUGUUGCCGAAGUACUUGGAAGCACCCCCAGACAGGGUUUGUGCUAAUUAUUAUAGAAAUAGACAACAAACCGAGACGAUUCCUGCUUGACCUGGUACCUUGAAAUUUAAACUUUUUAAAGGUUUACUGAUUUUAUUUUA